AUGGUGGAAAGGGCGAUGGGUGAAAGGGCGCCGCGCGACGAGGACAGGGGCUCCCGUGUCAGAUCUGGCGGCAGCAGCAGCGCACCCUCCCCGGGCAUCCUGCUGGCCAUCUCGGGUCCCUAUGCCGAGCGCAACUUCCAGAUUCCGGCCGCGGGCGGCCUCAUCGGGCGUUCGCGAAAGUGCACGCUCUCGCUGCUGCACGACUGUGAGGUGAGCCACAACCACGCGCUGCUGGAGGUGGUGCGCGGCCACCUCUGCAUCCGCGACGUCGGCUCCACCUUUGGCACCUACCUGAACGACAAGCGCCUCUCAGAGCCCAAGCGCGCCUCCGAGGCGCACAAGCUCAAGCCGUGCGACUGCAUCAAGGUGGGGCAGACCUGCCUGCGGUGGAGGCCGGCGCAGGUGCUCCGCUCCUCGUUCGACGUGUCGGUGCCGCGGGAGCCCAUGCCGCUCACCGAGGUGGGAUCGACUGUGCGCGCGCGCGCCUCCGCCGGCCCUGCGGCACCCGGGCCGACGCAGCUCAACUUUGUGGCGAGGCUUCUGUCGAGCGAGGGGCGGGCGGCAGGGCCGGACUCGCUCUCGCGCAUGCUGCUCGCCCUCAAGACCUUUGAGGCGCAGCACGUGGAUGCGGCGGCGCUCUCCCGCGCGGCAUGCGGCGCCAGCCUCGAGGAGGCGUCGGCUCUGCUGCCCGACGCGGUGACGCCGACCCUCGACUGCUACGACGCGCGCGAGGAGGGGGAGGCCGCGCUGCCGGCGGGCCUCGACUGCGCGUGCCUCUGCGCGUCGCUGCAGGGCGAGGCGUGCACGCUCGCGGUGUGGGUGAUGGACGAGCGCGCGCCAGCGGAGGCCGCGCUGCGCGCGCUGCGGCGGCGCGCGCGGCUGUGCGGCUCCGGCGUGGCACCCUUGCAGCAUGUGUGGCUGCAGGCCGUGUCGGAGGACGCGGCGGCGUGGCUGGACGACGCCGGCGUGUCGGGCUGCGGCGAGUGGCUGCUGUGCGCCCACCUGUCGGCCGACCUCGAGCCGGCGGAGGGCGCGCAGAGGCGCGGCGGCGAGGCGCUGCGCGCGUGCCGCCUCUCCCUCGUUCGCGGGCUCGCCUCCCUCCACGCGGCUGGCCUCUCUUGCGGCGGCGCACUCUCCCUCGCCGACGUCUCCUUCCCGCUGCGGCAGCACACGCCCCACCCGGCGGCGAGCGCCGCCACCCUCUUCCACGGCCCUCUGCGGCCGUCUGCGGCCGCACCGGCCGCGGGCGAGCCGCCCUCCCCUACCCCGCGGUACCCGAACCCGCCCUCCCCUACCCCGCGGUACCCGAACCCACCGGCCGCGGGCGAGCCGGCCUGCGCGGCGCUGCUCUGCCUCCGCGCGGCGCCCGCGGCCGAGGGCGGCUUCGCGGCGGACGUGGCGGCCCUCGCGCCGGUGCUGGCCAGCCUUGGCUCCGGCGAGGGCGGCGGCGCGGGCGGCGACGAGGGCAUCGCCGCGCUGUGCGGCGCGAUGGCGCACGCGCAGCCGCUCUGUCGGCCCGCGGCGGCAGCGCUCGCCUGCCACCCCUACUUCACGGAGGGCGCGGCGACGGCGCUCGGCGACGCGGCGGAGGAGGCGAGCGACAACGACUCCGACUCCGACUCCACGUCGUCUCGCCACUCCGCGCCGCCGCCGCCACCCGACCCGACCAGCGCGCAGGCAGCGGCUGUCUGGGCGGCGGCGUGGGCGGCGCGGCUCGAGGCGGCGGAGGCGCUGCCGCCGCUCGUCGUGCGUCUCUCGGCUGCCGACGCGGCGUUCGCCGAGCAGGCUGCGUGCGGCGCGAGUGGCGGGCUCGCCCCGGCGGCAGGCGGGGCCGGGAGGGGCGCAGCGUGGUCCUCCGCCGGCCACGGGGUGCACGACGGGGUGGAGGAGGUAUCGUGGGAGGAGGAGGCUGCGGGCGGGCUCGUCGAGCGGCUCCUCGCGCUGCCCGAGCAGCUGGCCGCCGGCCUCCCCUCCCCCGCCCUCCGGCUCGCCGCCUUCCGACCGCUCGUAUUCGUGGCCGAGUCGAGGCGGGGCGGCACGCCGCGCCGCGCGCUCAGCCUCGGUGCGCUGCUCGCCGCCUUUUGGCGGCUCGCCUUGCACGAGCGCGCGAGCGUCGCGGGCGACGUGGCGUCGGGCGACGCGGUGCCGGCCGACAGCGGCGCGGCGCGCGGUUUGCCUCCGCUCCUGCAGCUGCCCCCGCCUCGCGAGCCGCUCGAGCCGGUGGCGUGGCAGCCGCCGCCGACUCCGCUGCCGCCGGUGGACGUGGUUGAUCCGCCGUCCGACGCGGCGUCCGACGCGGCGUCCGAGGCGGCGUCCGAGGCGGCGCGGCGGAGCGAGGCGGCGCAGGCGCGGCUGGGCGCGUUGCUGCUGCUCUCUCUGGCGCACGGCGUCCCGCUCCCGCCCUGGCUCGCCACGCCGCCGGUCUGCCGCUCGCUGCUCGGGCGGGGCUCGACAGUCGGCCUCUCGGACGCGGCCGCCGCGCGGCCGCAGCUCGCCACGCGCUUCGCCCUCGUCCUGGCCUCCAUCGGCGAUGAGACCGACUGGCCGGACUCCGAGGCGCCGCCGCCGCCGCCGCCCGCCGCGAGGCUGCGGCUGCUGCAGGAGCCCGCUGACGCUGUGAGCUCCGUGAGCUCCGCGUUCGGCGCGUUGCAGCUGGACGA